AUGACUGCGCGUCUAGAGUUUCCCUAUGUGCACAGUAAGUGGAAGCGAACCUGGCAUGCUGGGUUGGCCCUCGCUGUGCAGCUCAUGAUGGACGUGUACACGGACGCCAAGUGUCGAACGGAUACAUCAUUGAACAUGGAGUGGCAGGCUUCGGAAGUGGAGUUUGGCUUCGCCGCUUGCGUGCAGCGCCGCCGUGCUACCGUGAACAUGUCGGCACAAGGUCAAUCCCACUCUGUUCUACGAGAAUCCUUUCGUGCCACACUGGUAGACCUCGUUGGAGUGGGUGAGGCCAAGCUGUCGCUGCCUUGA